AUGUCCGACCUGACCAAAUCUGCGUCCUUCGACUACACUGAAGUCUCUACUGCCGCACCGCCACCAUACAGCCACGCUAUGGCAAACCCUGGGCUAUCAUUUUGCCAGAGUCGUUUCGCGUCCAUUACACGCCAUGGACGUGAUCGCAUCAGGCUUACAAACCUUUCAGAGGUCGAAAUUGCCGAUGUUCACCAGAUUAUGAGGACAUUUUGGCCCCGAGGUAUCGAUAAGGUCUAUCUGCAAAAAGCCUCGCGCGAAUUCAAGCUUGGAGGCUAUGCAUGGAGAUAUGAUCCCAAUGGCAACGAACAAGCGAUGAUGUUGACGCUUCGGAUUCUGGAGGUUAUGCACGGCCUGGGUUGUGUCAUUUACUCUCCUAUUGAGGUGACCAAGAGUCUCUCAACGAAUGAUGCACUCAUCUUUCGCAAGGCAAAUCACCGCCCUCCUCCCUGCGAAUGGCUAAACGUAUUAUUUCACGGCGGAGACAAACUCAAAAUUCUCAACUUUCCGCCUUCAGAUCUUGUUAACGAUAUCAUCGCUACUUUUAUGAUUGACAUACAACGACAUGACGUUACACCAGACCGCGCCAAGAUCAAGUUCAAGGGGCGUCCAUGGAGACCGCGAGAAUCUAAUGGAGCUGAGACCCAACUGAAGCUGCUGGCGUUGCUCGAAACCUUUGAGCGCCACGGUUUCACUCUGUACACCAAGACUAGCGCGAGAUUCACCAAUGACAGGAGUGAGUCGGAUGUCUUGGUGUUCCAGAGACGAAAUGACUGGGUGGAUUAG